ACACCCCUCAAUGACAACGAUCUAGUUCGACUGCACACGAUAGCCUCUCAUUAUUGCAUCAUAACUCAGUAUGCCUACUUCAUCCAAUAUCGAUAUGAUGGGUGAGGGUGACAACACCGUUGACGAGGAAGUCAACUGGUUAGACUGUGUAUCGGCCAUUGAAACCGACAAAGGAGUUGUUUAUUUUUGUAACGUCGAGUAUUUUUCACAGGGUGAAGACCCGACGGGUAUAGGAUGCGAACAAGAUGAAGGAUCAUCCUUGGAUUACAAACAGAAUGAAGUCAAGCUUAGGAAGAUACCGGAUGAAGUCAAUAGUGUGGAGUGUUCUGAGAAAGGGCGGGUACUUGAGGGAAAGCCAACUAAACCUCUGUUAACGCCUGUGACAGACUUUGUGUCUCGUUUUCACCGACUAGGUCAAGGGUGUUUCAUGUAUUCGAUCACCGCCUACAACCCUCAAGACACGCAACAAGACAAGGUCCAGAACUGCAGGAGCAACCAACUGCUCUUUGCGGAUCUCCGUGGCGCCUUCCCUGACUGUGACGUCUUCAAGAACUUUUCCUAUUUCCCAGGUAGACCACAUCACUUCGAACGGGGAUACACGGUAGUUCUACCAUUGGCUUACCAAAAAGAUCACGAAGGUAUCCUUCACAAUCUUGCCCUAAAGUACAAGCAAGCAGCCUAUUUCAAGUGCCGUAUUCUACCCGAUGGUAGGAGCACCCAAACCAUUGUGCUGCUUGAGGAGUAUGUGAAGGAAGUCCAGGAAAGCCUCGUCGUGGUGAAGCGAUUAGGGUACCACCCUGCUUAUCUUACGAGGAAGAACAACAGUGUCUUUCAUGGACUUCAUGACGCUCUGAGCGUACUCUCAAAGUGUGACUAUUUACCCGAGGCUGGUGAAUUAAUGAAAAUAGCCCAUUGUGAACUGACAUUGUCGACGACUUGUAACCAUGGAAAUCAAAGAGCUUAUAAUCACCCAGUAAUCGUGAUGGAAGGAACAAGUGAGGCAGGUUUAUCCAAUCACACCUUCCGCCUCAGUCAAGCGAUCGGCGGAACUCGUCUCCAGUCUCCACCAUCUUGCGUGGCGCAUCUCAGGGAGGCGUUUGUGAAGCAGAACAAACUGAUCCAAGCAGCUUACUACACCAUGUGUAACUACAUCCUGGGUUCGUACGUAGAGAAAGCAAGAAAGAAUGCACCUGUGGUGCUAGACAGGUUCUGGAACAGCACCGCUGCUUUUUCUAUAGCGUCGGAGAUUGAGAGAGGCGUAUCGAACCUCCCACCGAAAGAUCACUUUGUGUAUGAGUGGCCACAGGACCUCACCAAACCUGACGUAGUCAUACUAGUUGGAUCCAAGAAGGCCAUACGACACAAGAGCAACCGGAGCGGUGGCGAGCGUAUUACCAAACAACUGAUGUUUGAAAUCUUACGCCGGAUGAAGACUUCGUCUUGGAUCGAAGUUGAUAGUAUCCGAGACCAAUGCCAUUCAGAUGAAGCUGUUACCAUGGUGACAGUGGACAAACUGCAGUCCAAGAAUAUUGGUAACUUCCGGUCCGGCCCUAAAGAGAAUGGGAUGUGUCCUGGUACCGGACUGUAUGCAACCAAGGAACACGAUACCCUGCCCGUUGGCGGGCUUGUGGUACUUAAGGAAAAUUUAGAACAGGAAGAGAUUGGAUUCAUGUGAAUUUAGAAAAUUGAAAAAGAUACAACAUCCACUUCGUAAAGGUGGUAUUGAUAAUUAUAGCAGAAUACCAAAAGAUGCAUAAAGUUUUGGAGGAAAUUCGUCAAAGAACUAUCUUUUUUUUUGUGACGUCACAUGCCAGCAGCGCCCCCAUAUGCAUUGUGAUAUGUCGUGGGACCCUCUGUCGUCUAGCUAGAAGGCUUGCUUUUCACACUACACUUAUAUGCUUUUCACACUGCACAUAUUUUCCUUAACCCCAGGAAAUUGGCGGGGCUGGGGGGGGGGGGGGUCUUAGCCCCACCAAUUUCCUGGGGUUUAGGCAUAGGCGGCGGAAGCGGGGGGGGGGGGGACCUGUCCCCCCCUAAAUUUGAGGUGGGGGGGACGAUCCCCCUAACUUUAUAGUGGAUAACCUUUUUUUUUUUUUUUUUUUUUUUUUUUGCUUGUCAAUUUUGUUUCCUACGCGUCCCCCCUAAAAGUUUAGUUGAUAAGAUAACAUUUUUUUGUUUUGCUUGUCAAUUUUGUUUCCUGCGCGUCCCCCCCUAAAAAUUUGGUUGAUAAGAUAACUUUUUUUUGUUUUGCUUGUCAAAAUUUUUUGGUGGUCCCCCCCCCUAAAUUUGUUGGCUUCCGCCGCCAAUGGGUUUAUGUUGGCCCACUUCAGUUUCACACUACGUUUUAGCAAAGUGGUCUAGCACGGUAAAUAGUACGGCACUAUCUGGCCCUGCAAAAAAAAAGCAGGGUUAGUCGGCUAAUUACGGUGCUAAGAGAUGCAGUGUGAAACGAAACCGGGCCAAGGAUCGAGUGAGGCUAAGCAUUAGCCAGUCACAGAAGUCGAAAUUGCAUGUUAAUCACGCUCUGUGUGGCAAAAUAUCCAUGAACCGUGCGAUAGUCCGGGGUUAAGGCGUUAAACCCGGCUAAGCAAAUAGUACGGGGUUAAGAAAGACAAUGUGAAACCCCCAAAAGAUAGUAUGGGGUUAAGGAAAUGCAGUGUGAAAAGCAUAAUAGCCAUGGACAAAUGAAAAAUCUGUAACGGCUCAAGCGGCUACCUGUUUUAUAGAAUUGUUUUUUUUUAGAGUUGUGGCCCAGUGGAUUAGUCUUCUGACUUUGAAGCAGAGGGUCGUGGGUUCGAAUCGCAGUCAUGGCGUAAUUUCCUUCAGCAAUAAAUUUAUCCACAUUGUGCUGCACUCAACCCAGGUGAAGUGAAUGGGUACCCAGCAGGAAUAAUUACUUGAAUGCAUGAGAGCUGAGAGGCAGCUCGAGCUAAAGCCGGGGUAAUAAUAAUAACAACGCGCCUCGGAAUAGAAUAUUUCUAGGUAGAUGGCGCUAUAUAAAUGCCUAUUAUCAUUAUUUAUAUAGGACGUAAUUAUACGUAUUAUGUAAAUUCAACAAAAUCUAUUUUCUUCCUUAGAAAUACAAAGAAAAAUGCUUAUGUAACCAGUUUGACCAUCAAAAUGUGAGAAUUGAAGUCAAUCACGUUAUUCAUGACGUAUCAUGCGCGUGUAUGAUGUAACAAAAUAUUAAGCAAAUGUAAAUCAUAACUCUUAGUAUUCUUUUAAUGGAUUUUCGAUAAACCUCACCAAUAUUUUUCUCUAUUUUGCCUGAAUUUGAGCAAAUUUAACGGCUAAGUGAACUUCUCCUUCAAGACUAGCUUACCAACAAAGAUAUGAAGAAGGCGAGUGAUGAAGACUUAAAAAAAUAAUUCUGGCAGAACGAAAGUGGUUAGAUCAACUUACGUUUAAAGAACUGGGGUGAUACUGAAGUUUUGAUAUCUUUUUGUAUAAGGAACUCCACAAAUUGGGGCCAUUAAGUAAAAUGAUGUUCGCAUUUUACGAAAGUGAAAGUCCUUGGCAGAUCGAGUAUCAUAAGAAAGAAACUUGUAAAAGUCAUAUGAUGAUUAUGAUAAGAUAACGUGAGAUAACGUACCAUGAAAUCCUAUAACGUUUGAAAUUUCUUUAUUUUUUUAAAUGUCACUCAGCUGCGUUGUACUUGUUUUAUGACGUUGUUUUUGUUUUUCUAUUGGUUCAUUUUCAAAAUGUCUGCUUUGUUUUCAAAAUGCAACCCCCCCCCUCCCAUCGGAUCUGCCUCUGUCUAGAUACAAAGAACAUAAUUUGGAAGUCUCUUAUAGUGCCAAACUUAACUAAUAUGAUACUUUUGCAAUGAAAAUCGUAAAUAAGCUCGUUGUUGUGCCCGAAAUCAUCUAGUUUCGAUACGUAUAUAGCUUUUACGAGAGCUGGAGAAACUAGCUAGCGUGAAAAGAUCUUGUGGGUUUUUUUUAGUUUGUUUGUAUUUCUUUUCUCCCUUUUUCAUUAUGUAAUGAAAUGCUCAUUCUUCAGAUAGAAUCCUUGGAGUAAUAAUCGGCUAGGAUGAUGCUAUUAUUAUAUGAGUGUUAUAAUGGUAACACAACAUAAAAUUAAAAUCAAAGGUUCAAACUAUUUCCUUCCAUAAGAAAUGUAAUUCAACAUCGUAUUAAACAAGUUACUUAAAUGCUUACAAGCAAAAGGAGUGACGGUUUCCAGAUAUACCAUGUAACUUCUUUUUGCUUUCCCUUUCUUUUCCACUGUUUUCCCCUCUUUCCAAUGGGGGGGGGGGGCAUGCCCCAUCCCUUGCAGUUACGUCACUCUUCAGCAAAUACAUCCUUUAUAAUUAUGGUAGUUUUCUCCUUUCCCGACUGAAUAUUCAGAAAAAAAUAAGUCAAUAACAGAAUAAAAUAAAGCAAAGGUAUAAUAUAUGCCACCCAUUAUUGGUCAGUUUUCUUCAUUUUUCACGUUUUGCCGGUAGGUCAGUGCUAGAGUCAGAACUCAAAAUGGAAUUUUCCAUGCCAAAAAAAAACACAUUUACUUUCAUAUUCCUAAAUGGUUGGUCUUAAAGUCGUGAGAGUUUUGUUGGCUACGUUACAUUAAUGAACAAACAUAGUUGCAA